CCUUACAGCUUUCCAAACAUCAGGGAGGGAUGGGAGUGUCUUCUUGGCUGUGGAAAUUGAUCCUCCUACCUUGUCCUGAAGCCACCCGCGGCCUUCCUCCCGCCUUCCCUCCCGGGUGAUUUUCCAGUCCCGGAUGCCCGACAAGGGCGCACGCUUGGUGACCGCCUCUCCUGAAAGGUAGGGGUUCGGCUGCGCUCUUGUCUCGAUGCCGCGGGAAAUGGGGAACCCAGUAGCCUCCCCCUGCAUUGCACCUUCCUCUGCGAACUGACGUGCGGCGGUGGUCACAGAGCAUCUGGCGCCUGCAGCCCAGCGGGAGGGGCUUUCCCAGGUUCCUGGGGCGCUUGGCGCAGUCGCCGCGGAGUUGGAUCAGAGCGCCGCGCGAAGCGAGCGGGUUAGUGGGCGCCUACCGCUCAGGUCCGGUCUGCGCCCUCCCUCGCUCCCCGGCCCAGGUCCGGGGUGAAUGGUUCGUGCCCGCGCCCAACUCUGACCCACGCCACCUUCCUCCAGUUUCCGCCGGCCGCGGGCUUUGGCGGCCUGAUGCCGAAGAGAGAGGCGGCACCCGGCUAGAGCUGGCUGGCGGCGUGCUGCCGGUUCCCAGUGCACCCGAGGCUGCAGCCCCUGGGCGCGGACUCCCGACGCUUCUGCAGUCUACGCGCCUGGGCCUUGGCGGUAUUUGCAAGUAAAGAAGCAGCACAACCCUCUGUCUUGGAUUAGCUCUAGUAGAGAGUCCCCAAUGAUUUAGUGGACAGUCUCCUGAGCCUCCAGCUUCUUGACGGCCCCUUACCCAAUCCUUCUUCAGGAAUAGAGCUUCUUUGGGAAACAGAUUCCUAAAAGUGCAGUGAACACACCCAAAUUUCCGGUGGGCCAGCCAUGAGAGGGUACCUUGUGGCCAUAUUCCUGAGUGCAGUCUUCCUCUAUUAUGUGCUGCAUUGUAUAUUAUGGGGAACAAAUGUCUAUUGGGUGCCACCUGUGGAAAUGAAACGGAGAAAUAAGAUCCAGCCUUGUUUAUCAAAGCCAGCUUUUGCCUCUCUCCUGAGGUUUCAUCAGUUUCACCCUUUCCUGUGUACAGCUGAUUUUGAGAAGAUUGCUUCCUUGUAUGGUAGCGAUAAGUUUAAUUUGCCCUAUGGGAUAAAAUCAUCAGAGGAAUAUAUUCGACUUGCUCUUUCAAAACUGCAGAGUUGUGAUCUCUUUGAUGAGUUUGACAACGUGCCCUGUAAAAGGUGUGUGGUGGUUGGUAAUGGAGGAGUUUUGAAGAAUAAGACAUUAGGGGAAAAAAUCGACUCCUAUGAUGUAAUAAUAAGAAUGAAUAAUGGUCCUGUUUUAGGACAUGAAGAGGAAGUUGGGAGAAGGACAACCUUCCGGCUUUUUUAUCCAGAAUCAGUUUUUUCAGAGCCCAGUCAAAAUGAUCCUAAUACUACGGCGAUUCUUACUGCUUUUAAGCCACUUGAUUUAAAGUGGCUGUGGGGAUUGUUGACGGGUGGCAAAAUAAACACCAAUGGCUUUUGGAAGAAACCAGCCUUAAACCUGAUCUAUAAACCUUAUCAAUUAAGAAUAUUAGAUCCUUUCAUUAUCAGAAUGGCAGCUUAUGAACUACUUCAUUUCCCAAGGUCCUUUCCCAAAAAUCAGAAACCCAAACACCCAACAACAGGAAUUAUUGCCAUCACACUGGCAUUUCACAUCUGUCAUGAAGUUCACCUAGCUGGUUUUAAAUACAAUUUUUCUGAACUCAAGAGUCCUUUGCACUAUUAUGGGAAUGCCACCAUGUCUUUGAUGAAUAAGAAUGCAUAUCACAAUGUGACUGCAGAGCAGCAAUUUUUGAAGGACAUUAUAGAAAAAAACUUCGUAAUCAACCUAACUCAAGAGUGAUCCUACAGAUUCACAAGAUGAUGCAAACAGUGUUAGUUUUAUUUUUAUACUGCAAUAGUUUAUUUUUAAAUAUGUUGGAUGCACUCAUCUAAAAAUUAUGUAUAUUAAGUCUUCUUGCUGACUGGUGAUUCAUAACCACCAGUUUAGUUUCUGUGAAUAUAUUUAUGAAAACCAAGAAAAGUUUAGUUAAGGUAUCAGGGAAAUAAAAGUUUUUAUUGUAUUUUGAAAAUAAGCUAGUGUUCUGAGGUGUUUUCAAACAUUUUUGAAUAGUUAUUUUGUCCAAGUUUUGAAGGGAUCUGACUUCCUAAAAAGUGUGGGAUUUACUUUACUGUAAAAAAAAAAAAAUUGAGUAUAACAUAUUUUGAGAGGGAUAUUUGGCAAUUAUAAACCUAGCUGGUGGGGAAUUGGCAUGUGUUAAUGUCUUGAUGCGGCAAAUGGGAACAAUUUCAGGCCUACAUCUAGAGAAUUGUUUAGUUCCUUUCUGUUCUACCUGGAGAACCUGACUUGAAUCUUAAACUAGCCUUGAUUACAUCAGAAUGGUGUAUAGCUAUGGAAAUCUAGGUUCAUACUGGUUUAAUUAAGUGUGGUGUUUCUUUUUUCCCUGUAAUUAAUUAAACCAUAAUAUUGUGAUGAAUAA